AUGGUCCUACCACGGUCAUCAGCCCUCCGAGGCAGCAUCCGGUCGUUCACUCUCAAGCGAGUCGGCGCCCAAGCUCGGACAAAUCUGCGUGCGGUCGGCCGUCGAGGCUACGCAAGCGAGCAUGGCGCAAAGAAGAGCAGUGAUAUCCCCUGGCUGAUUGGCUCCGUCGCUGUUACCGUCCCGGCCGCGACCUGGCUCCUCAGCCAAGGACCCAAGAAAUCCGAUCACGGCCAUGGUCACGAAGAACACACAGAAGAGCCCGAAGAAGAAUCAAAGGAAGGGUCCGAGGACAAGGCUGAAGAAGCUGCCGAUGAAGGUGCUCAGGACGGAGCAUCUGAAACAAGCGAGGGAGAGACUCCGGAGAGCUCGGAAUCAGAAGGUGAAGGCGAAGUCUCAGAGAAGAAGGGCGACAAGGACGCUCAGAAAGACGAGUCCGGCGCCAGCAACCCGUUGCUUGACGAUGAUGAGAAGAGCAAGAAACCCGAGGGACCGGCAGCCUCGGCCAAGAUCACUGGCACUGUUGAUCCAUCGAGAUCUACCAGCGGCGGGAAGGGUCCCGAAACGCCUAAGGAAGAAUGA